AGAUAAGAUUUGGCGCUCACCUCCAAGUAUUAACCAACGUGCAACUGCAAACGCCGCUCACGUCUCCAUAUCUCACGGAGCCCCACCUCCUUGACUCCUUCCUUCCAUCUCACUAGACAAUACAUAACAUAGAUUUGAACAUAGACAACUACAAUGUCGCAGCAAUCGUCUCUCGAUGAACCAGUCGUCUACCACGGCAAGAAAUUCAUCGUACUCAGCGACUGGGAUGGCACUAUCACCACGCAGGACUCUAAUGAUUUUGUGACGGACAACUUUGGCAUGGGGCGCGAAGAUCGCGUUGCGCUCAAUCAACGUGUGCGUAAUAACGAAGACAACUUCCGGGAUUCCUUCCGGAAGAUGGUCGCGAGCAUCAAUGAGAAUGGCAAGGUCGAUGGCAAGGUGACGCAUACGUUCGAAUUCUGUAGAAAUGCUGUUGCGAACAACAUCAAAGUCGAUGAUACCUUCAAGGCUUUCUACGAAUUUUGCGAAACGAAUGAUAUACCCGUCGUAAUUGUGUCCAGUGGUAUGGAACCUAUCAUCCGUGCGGUUCUUAACAAGCAUCUCGCUAGCCUUGACGGUAUACAAAUAAUAUCGAACAAGGUGAAAACAUACGACGAUGGAAGCUGGGACGUUGUGUACCGUCAUCCAGAGAGUGGCUUCGGACACGACAAGUCGAAGGCGAUUGCGCCUUACAGGAACAUGGAUCCCGCCCCGAUCAUAUUCUUCUUCGGCGAUGGCGUCUCAGACUUAUCCGCCGCGCAGGGAGCGACUUGUCUGUUUGUCAAGUAUAAGCCGAAUGGAGAAAAUGACUUGAUGGAAUACUGCAUCAAGAGCAAGAUCAAGCAUCGCUUGUUCGAGAGCUUCAAGGAGGCACAAGAUUUGAUGAAGCUCAUUAUCUUUGCGGAGACGGAGGAAGAACGACAGAGUAUUAUCGCACGGGAGUGGCCUGAAGUAGCUUGAGAGGUUGUCUCACCCCCCAAUGAUGGUGGAGAAGCGAUGUUGGGUACUCAUGACAUGUAAUAACACUAGGGUUAGACGCAUCAACCUCGCACUUCAUCAAUCAAGUGGAUUAAAAGCAUUAUUCUCGGAGCGACAGACCCAGCGGCUUUUCAACCGCACCAUGUAUAGUCACGAUAGGUAUCGACGCUACGAAC